GCGGAUUAUCAUGCGCAAGACGUGCUUCCACGACGGUUCAUUCUGGAUAGAAUUUUAGGCUCUUCGGUCUAGUUGCGAGUUGAUUUUUUUUUUAAAUUAGAUCCUUGUGAUAAGGACAUUUUGGAAGUGAUAAGAGGAUUAUUCAAAUGUUGUUUUGUUUGAAAUUGUGGGUGGUGAUUCUAAAAAUGUGAUGAAUGGUUUUUGCCGUUUUUUUUUUGAAAUUUUAAUUUUUGCUGUUCAUCAAUAUUGAUAAUAAAAGAAAAGUGCGGAAAUAGAGUUUGGAGGUAGUAACGAAGUGGAGUCAUAACUGAACCGCCACUAUCUCUAAAAGUGAAAUCAUUUUUCUUUAACGAAGAAGAUAAGAAUUCAGAGAAUUUGUUUGAUAAUAAAAAAGUGAUGAAAACGGAAAAAACUGGGAAAUAGAAAAAAGAAGAGAACCAGAGCACAAAAAUUUGAUCUUUUUUUUUCAUUGUUGAAUAAAUUGGAGUCGAUCAUUUUCGAAUCUCAAAUUAUAUAUCGAAAAUUUUACGUUUAACAAUCGUAACAACAUAAUUUCAUAAAUACCAAUGUUCUUGGUGUAGAACGGAAAGGAAUGGAACGUGUAUUCAAUUAACUGGGAAGGAAUGUGAUAAAUGUAAUUUGUGCUUGUGAGAAUAAUUUCUUCUAUUUUGUGAUAAUUAAGUGCAUUUUUUGUUGUUGUUACCAAGUAUGUUUACUUGAUGAUUUACCGCUUACCAAAGAUUUGGAAGUUCCGGCAUUUAUAUGAGUACCAAUAUCCUGUCAUCCGAAAUGUUUACGAGGUUUGAUGCAAACAAAUCCACAAAAGGUGCAUCAAAGCUACGGCGAGAUUUAAUCAAUGCCGAAAUAGCAAAUUUACGAGAUCUGUUACCUCUACCACAAUCAACAAGACAAAGACUGUCACAGCUGCAGUUAAUGGCACUUGUAUGCGUAUACGUUAGAAAAGCAAAUUACUUUCAACAGGUGUUUAAGCGCCAUGACAUAUCACUACUUCAAGCACCAACACCAAAUAUAGGAUUUUCAAAGGCUCUGUCUGGCUUUCUAAUGAUGCUAACGCAAAAUGGUAAAUUACUCUACAUAUCCGACAAUGCAGCUGAAUACUUGGGCCAUUCCAUGGAGGAUUUACUCAUUCAUGGUGACUCUGUGUACGACAUAAUCGAUAAACAAGAUCACGGUUCAAUACAAGCUGAACUUGGACGUUCCGUUUUGGAGCAGCCAGGAUCUCAUAUCACUCCAUCGCCAGCUAGUCUAGAAGGGGAACAUCGAAUGUUUUUGUGCCGUAUGAAUGUUAGUCGAAAUGCUCGUCGCCAAAUGCGAUUCGGUGAUCAGAAGGUUGUGUUGGUUCAGGGUCAUUAUUUGUCGUUUUUACCGCUUUGCAGUCGAAAUGAGCCAGUAUUUUUAGCUACAUGUACUCCAAUGGCUAUGCCAGAAACUCGAGAAUGUGUGGUACAAGGAGCGACGAAUGUUUUCACAACGAUUCACUCAAUGGACAUGAAAAUCGUUCAUGUCGAUAAGAAUGGCGAGUUUCAUCUAGCAUACACAAGGACAGAACUACAUGGCAUAUCGUGGUACCAAUUACUGCAUUGGAACUUUACAGUUGAAGCGCAAAGUAAACAUAGAUUAAUAACACAAUCGGAGCAAGAUCGUUCUUGUAUACUUCUAGUACAAUUACAGCGAAGUGAUGGUCAAUUCAUAUGGGUACACGUAGUGCUGCAAGUAAGAGACAGUCAAGACUCCAAUCAACAACCAGUCAUAGUUUGUACGAAUCAAGUGUUAAGCGACUGCGAGGCAUCUGUAAUGCUAGCUAACUCUUGGCUCUACCACUACUAUUCCGUCCACACUAAAAUACAAUUCGGUCUGCCAUAUGAGGGAACCGCUCGCAUACCACCGACAACAUCCUAUUAUCAUCAUCACUCUCCUACGAUUCCGGGAAGUUUGACGCAUCCUUACCACUUAUCGUAUGGUUUCACCUCUGCAGGCAUGUCGCCACAUCAAGGUUCAACCGGUUUGUUGAACCACCAUAAUGGUUCCUCGACGACACAUCACGGAAGUAAUGCGAAUAGUGAGCAUUUUCGGUCGCACAAUUACCGAAUCGAUCCGUUGCAACCGAUUGACUACAGUCAAACAACUCCGUUGAACAUUCAGAUCGACUCACGGUAUGGAUCCAAUAAAGGUAAUAGUACAAGCGGAAAUCCAUUAAAACGAAAAGCAAUAGCAAGGCUCGAACCUCUGUAUAUAGCAGGUAGCAAAAAUAUAAUAGACGUUUCAACCGUAGAACUUCAUUCACAGUCAACAGACGGUAACACUGUAUUAUUAACGACUGUCAUUCCGACUAGACAUCGAUUUUACACAAAAGUUAUGCCGGUCGAUUCAACCGAAUUUAUGGAUCAAUGGAAUCCGAGUCCACCGUGGUCGGAAUCCGCACAAAAAGUUCCUGAUAUCAUUCAACAGGACUUAAGUCCGUACCUAACGACGACCCCACCAACGCCAACUAGUGCACCAUUGCAUUCACACGCAAGCCACGGGCCAGCCUUUUCAUUUGACUGGAUGCCUGAGCAAUUUGUGCCCGUUAUAAACACUUCGGCGCCGACGCCAAACCAUUCAGUCCACUGUCAAGCGAUGCCACCGCACUGGACAACAAAUCGAAUAAUCGGUAUGGACAGACGGUCAAGCGAUGACGAUACUAGGAGUGAGUGAAUCAAUAGAAUUGUUUCAUUUUUUGUUGAGAAAAAAUAUUUUCUUUUUAAUUUAUUUACAAAAAUAUUUUUUAGAAUUUUCACUUUUAAGUUUUAGCUAGAAUUAGAUUUCCAUGAUAAUAACAAGAGGCUUAGCUAAAUUAAAUUUCAAUUGUAUGCGUCAAAAUUUUAACUGGAAAAAGAAAACAUUCCGUUGAUCACCGGUUGAGAGUGUAAUCACUAAACAUAUAAUUGUGCAAUGAGAACUUUGCGAGAGGAUAUCAUUGACCAAAAAUUUGUUCCAAAAAACUUGUAGAUUUCCUGAGUGAGCUGCGGGAAUAGACCAACAAAGCCACCUUUCAUACCAUUACAACAAUAUUUUCGUAAUUUAUUUUAAUCCCUUCAACUUGAACGAGUGCACUGGGGAAUCUCUGGAGCUUAACGUGAAAGAUAUUUGUGGUAGGUCGGAUCAAAAAUCAGUCUUUUCCAUCUGUCAUAGUGACGUUUUAGACGUCAAACGAAAA